GGUUGCCGUAACAACGGCCUGCGGAGUCCAUCGGCAAUGGCCUCUAACUUUAAGAAGGCAAGCAUGGCAUCGUCUGCCCAGCGAAAAAGGAUGAGUCCUAAGCCAGAGCUCACUGAAGAGCAGAAGCAGGAAAUCCGGGAAGCUUUUGACCUCUUUGAUGCGGAUGGGACUGGGACCAUAGAUGUUAAGGAACUUAAGGUGGCGAUGAGGGCUCUGGGCUUUGAAACCAAGAAAGAAGAGAUCAAGAAAAUGAUAAAUGAAAUUGAUAAGGAAGGGACGGGAAAAAUGAACUUCAGUGACUUUUUGACUGUGAUGACUCACAAAAUGUCUGAAAAAGAUACCAAAGAAGAAAUUCUGAAAGCCUUCAAGCUCUUUGAUGAUGAUAAAAUUGGGAAGAUAUCAUUCAAAAAUCUAAAGCGCGUGGCCAAGGAGUUGGGUGAGAACCUCACCGAUGAGGAGUUGCAGGAAAUGAUCGAUGAGGCUGAUCGAGACGGAGAUGGAGAAGUCAACGAGCAGGAGUUCCUGCGCAUCAUGAAAAAGACCAGCCUUUACUGAGAUCAGUCUCUUCU